UGAAUCAGCUGAUCCGGCGUUCCCCGCGGUGCAGUCCGGAGUCGCGCCUGGCGGGUGGGUGGGCCGGGAGCGCUGAGCGGCGGCUGCGUCAGGUCUUGAUAGAGAUGAUUUGGUGAUGGAGUAUUCCUCCUGACCGAUGGACUCGAAGAAGAAAAGCUCAGCAGAGGCAGAAGGAUCCAAAGAAAGAGGCCUGGUCCACGUCUGGCAGGCAGGAUCCUUUUCUCUAACACCGGAGAGGUUGCCAGGCUGGGGAGGAAAGACAGUUCUCCAGGCAGCCCUGGGUGUGAAACACGGAGUUCUUCUGACUGAAGAUGGUGAGGUCUACAGCUUUGGGACCCUGCCCUGGAAAAGCGAAUCUGCGGAAAUCUGUCCAAGCAGCCCCCUUCUAGAAAGUGCCCUGGUUGGGCAUCAUGUUGUCACAGUGGCCACGGGGAGCUUCCACAGCGGGGCGGUGACAGAAAGCGGGGCGGUGUACAUGUGGGGGGAGAACACUGCCGGCCAGUGUGCAGUAGCGAACCAGCAGUAUGUGCCAGAGCCAAGUUCCGUCAGCAUUUCUGACUCGGAGACCAGCCCCUUGUUAGCUGUGAGGAUUCUGCAGUUGGCGUGUGGCGAGGAGCACACCCUGGCCUUGUCAAUCAGCAGAGAGAUCUGGGCAUGGGGCACCGGCUGUCAGCUGGGUCUCAUCACCACCACCUUCCCAGUGACAAAGCCCCAGAAGGUGGAACACCUUGCCGGGCGCGUGGUGCUCCAGGUGGCCUGUGGCGCGUUCCACAGCCUGGCGCUGGUGCAGUGCCUCCCUCCCCAGGAUCUGAAGCCUGUCCCGGAGAGAUGCAACCAGUGCAGCCAGCUGCUCAUCACUAUGACGGACAAAGAGGACCAUGUGAUAAUAUCAGACAGCCACUGCUGCCCCCUAGGGGUGACCCUGUCUGAGUCCCAAGCAGAACAUCACACCAGCACUGCCACCAGCCCUCAGACGGAGGUGUUUGAGAACGCUUUGGUAGGAACUGAACUGAACAUGGGAAACAUUUCGGCAACAAGUGGCAGUGCCGUUUCCUCUCAGCAGAAUGUGGCGGGGACAGCCGAAGUGUCUUCAGCCAGGAUGGCCCCCUCCUACCCCGACACCCAGGCAGUAACUGCGUACCUGCAGAAGCUGUCAGAGCAGCCAGGGCGGGAGAACCAUGAGCAGGAAGAAAAGCCACCCCAGGUCCAGCCUCCUGUAGAAGAAGUUGGCCCUGACCUUCACAGUCCACCAACCACAAGCACCUCAGCCCUCAACAGCCUGGUGGUCUCCUGUGCAUCUGCUGUCGGUGUGAGAGUGGCCGCCACCUACGAGGCUGGGGCCUUGUCUCUCAAGAAAGUCAUGAACUUUUACAGCACCACCCCCGGGGAGAUGGGAGCCCAGCCGGGCAGCGCUCCCACGGGCCCAGAGAGCCUGAAAGAUCUCAGAGAAGAGCAGGUGAGACAGGAGUCAAUGCAAGGGAAGAAAAGCUCCAGUCUGGUGGACAUCAGAGAGGAAGAGGCGGAGGGAGGGAGCCGAAGACUCUCCCUCCCUGGACUGCUGUCACAAGUUUCCCCCAGGCUCUUAAGGAAAGCUGCCAGGGUGAAAACCAGGACAGUGGUCCUGACUCCCACGUACAGUGGAGAAGCCGAUGCCCUCCUGCCUUCCCUGAGAACAGAGGUGUGGACCUGGGGGAAAGGCAAAGAUGGGCAGCUGGGACACGGUGACGUCCUGCCCAGGCUUCAGCCGCUGUGUGUCAAGUGUCUGGACGGUAAAGAGGUGAUUCACCUGGAGGCAGGUGACUCCCACUCCCUUGCACUUACCGCGAAGUCUCAGGUCUACUCCUGGGGCAGUAACACCUUCGGUCAGCUCGGGCAUUCUGAUUUUCCAACCACAGUCCCUCGGCUUGCAAAGGUUAGCAGUGAGAACGGAGUCUGGAGUGUGGCCGCAGGCCGGGACUACUCCUUGUUUCUAGUGGACACCAAAGACUCCCAGCCUGGGCUGUACUACAGUGGCCGGCAGGACCCUGCAGAAGGUGACGCCCUUCCCGAGAAUCCCGGUGGCACCAAGACUCCAGUCCUUCUCUCCUGCAACAAGCUUGGGUAUAUAAGCAGAGUAACAGCAGGAACAGAUAGUUACCUUGCCCUGGUGGACAAGAAUGUCAUGGGCUAUAUCGCCAGUCUCCAUGAAUUGGCUACUACGGAAAGACGGUUUUAUUCAAAACUAAGUGAAAUCAAAUCUCAGAUACUUCGGCCUCUUCUCAGUUUAGACAACUUGGGCACUGUGACCACUUUGCAGCUGUUGCAGGAAGUCGCAAGCCGGUUCAGCAAGCUGUGUUAUCUCAUUGGGCAGCACGGAGCCUCACUUAGCAGCUUCCUGCAGGGCGUGAAGGAAGCCAGGAGCCUGGUCAUCAUGAAGCACUCGAGUCUGUUCUUGGACAGUUACACAGAGUACUGUGCAUCAUUCUCAAACUUCCUGGUGAUGGGAGGGUUCCAGCUCCUCGCGAAGCCUGCCAUUGAUUUCCUAAAUAAAAACCAAGAACUCUUACAAGAUCUGUCAGAAGUGAAUGAUGAGAACACCCAGUUGAUGGAAAUACUGAACACGGUGUUCUUCUUGCCAGUCAGACGACUUCAUAAUUACGCCAAAGUUUUGCUGAAGCUCGCCACCUGCUUUGAAGUGGCAUCUCCAGAGUAUCAGAUGCUGCAGGAUUCCAGUUCUUGUUAUGAAUCUCUUGCUCUCCAUCUCGGCAGGAAGAGGAAGGAAGCAGAGUACACGCUGGGCUUCUGGAAGACCUUUCCUGGGAAAAUGACGGACUCCCUGCGGAAGCCGGAGCGCCGACUGCUGUGUGAGAGCAGUAACCGGGCGCUGUCGCUGCAGCACGCGGGCAGGUUCUCCGUGAACUGGUUCAUCCUCUUCAACGACGCCCUGGUCCACGCUCAGUUCUCCACGCACCACGUGUUCCCUUUGGCCACACUGUGGGCAGAGCCACUUUCCGAAGAAGCUGGUAGCGUGAAUGGCCUGAAGAUAACCACACCUGAGGAGCAGUUCACACUCAUCUCCUCAACACCCCAGGAGAAGACCAAGUGGCUUCGGGCUAUCAGCCAAGCCGUGGAUCAGGCUUUGAGGGGGACAUCCGAUUUUCCACUCUAUGGAGGUGGCAGCAGUGUUCAGAGGCAGGAACCACCCAUCUCAAGAAGCGCCAAGUACACUUUCUACAAGGAUCCUCGCCUGAAGGAUGCCACUUACGACGGGCGCUGGCUUUCGGGAAAGCCUCAUGGCAGGGGUGUUCUGAAGUGGCUGGAUGGAAAGACGUAUUCUGGCAUGUUCAGGAAUGGCCUGGAAGAUGGGUAUGGUGAAUACAGAAUCCCUAACAAGGCCCUGAACAAAGAAGACCAUUAUGUGGGCCACUGGAAAGAAGGGAAAAUGUGUGGCCAAGGAGUCUACAGCUAUGCCUCCGGUGAAGUGUUUGAAGGCUGCUUUCAGGAUAAUAUGCGCCACGGCCAUGGUCUCCUCCGAAGUGGAAAGCUGACUUCCUCUUCUCCUAGCAUGUUCAUUGGCCAGUGGGUGAUGGAUAAGAAGGCGGGAUAUGGCGUCUUUGAUGACAUCACCAGGGGAGAGAAGUACAUGGGGAUGUGGCAGGAUGAUGUGUGCCAAGGAAAUGGGGUGGUAGUUACCCAGUUUGGGUUGUAUUACGAAGGCAACUUCCACCUGAAUAAGAUGGCGGGAAAUGGAGUUUUGCUUUCAGAAGAUGAUACUAUCUACGAAGGAGAAUUUUCCGACGACUGGACCCUCAGUGGAAAGGGCACACUGACCAUGCCAAACGGAGACUACAUUGAAGGUUAUUUUAGUGGAGAAUGGGGGUCUGGAAUAAAGAUCACCGGAACCUACUUCAAACCCAGCCUGUACGAGAGUGACAAAGACAAGCCCAAAGCCUUCAGGAAGCUGGGAAACCUGGCGGUGGCUGCAGAUGAGAAGUGGAAAGCCGUGUUUGACGAGUGCUGGCGCCAGCUGGGCUGUGAGAGCCCAGGCCAAGGGGAGGUUUGGAAGGCGUGGGAUAACAUUGCCGUGGCCCUGACCACCAGUCGCCGCCAGCACAGGGACAGUCCAGAAAUCCUAAGCCGUUCACAGACUCAGACGCUGGAGAGUCUGGAGUACAUUCCCCAGCAUGUUGGUGCCUUCUCUGUGGAGAAAUAUGACGACAUCAGAAAGUAUUUAAUCAAGGCCUGUGACACCCCUCUGCACCCACUGGGCAGGCUCGUGGAGACCCUGGUGGCAGUGUACAGAAUGACGUAUGUGGGCGUGGGGGCCAACCGCCGGCUACUGCAGGAAGCUGUGAAGGAGAUUAAGUCCUAUCUCAAGCGGAUCUUCCAGCUUGUGAGGUUCUUAUUUCCUGAGCUUCCUGAAGAGGGCAGCACAAUUCCUCUGUCGGCUCCUCUGCCCACUGGAAGGAGGUCCUUCUGCACUGGGAAGUCAGAUUCCGGAUCCGAGUCCCCAGAGCCAGGGUACGUGGUAACGAGUUCCGGCUUGCUGCUCCCUGUGCUGCUGCCUCGCCUCUACCCUCCUCUCUUCAUGCUGUACGCCCUGGACAAUGACCGGGAGGAGGACGUUUACUGGGAGUGUGUGCUCCGACUAAACAAGCAACCGGACCUCCCUCUCCUGGGCUUCCUCGGGGUGCAGAGGAAAUUUUGGCCAGCAACCUUGUCAAUCCUUGGGGAGAGCAAAAAGGUUUUGCCCACCACAAAGGAUGCUUGUUUUGCCUCUGCAGUGGAAUGCCUCCAGCAGAUCAGCACAACAUUUACUCCGUCAGACAAGCUCAAGGUCAUUCAGCAGACCUUCGAAGAGAUCUCCCAGAGUGUCCUGGCCUCCCUGCAGGAGGACUUCUUGUGGUCCAUGGAUGACUUGUUCCCCGUCUUCUUGUAUGUGGUGCUGCGGGCCAGGAUUAGGAAUUUAGGCUCUGAAGUCCACCUCAUUGAGGACCUGAUGGACCCCUAUCUCCAGCAUGGCGAGCAAGGCAUAAUGUUCACCACCCUGAAGGCCUGUUACUACCAGAUUCAGCGUGAGAAGCUUAACUAGUCACCUGCUGGCUGGAGAGCUGGAUUAUCUCUGUGCAGGCUGCGCGCCAUCUGGAGUCGCCCUGUGCUGGCAGAGAACCGUGUUGAAACUGGAAUGGACUAUGUGUUAUUUCUGAGCCUUACUAAUGAUUAGAGCCCUGAGCUCAGGGCGGAAAACAUACUGUAUAGUUCAAAUGGAGAGCGGAAAAGGAAAUAGGAAUCCGCUUAGCCGGUCUUGACCUGUACUAAGAUCCAGACACCUCCUUAGAAGAGGAAACCGGUUACCCCUUUCCUAUGGAGAAAGGUCUCACUCGGCUCCCUGAAAUCGCAGGGAAGUUUCCCAAGAAAGCUGCUUGCGUGAAAGAAGUUACUGGCUGUUCCUAAGUUAGUGGUUUGUCCGGAUCCAUCUGCGGUUACCCCACAUCCCCAGGCAAGGAGCAGGCUGUACCUGAGACUGAAGCAGCAGUACCUUGCCUUCCAGGACCCCUUCCAGCCACGUGGGCAGUAUGCUGCUUCUCAGGGGAAGAGGAAGAAUUUCCAAACUGCAGCUUUAGACUUUGAUAAGCCCCUCCCCCCGAGUGUUGGUGCUGGGAGAGGUCCCACGAGGGGACUCCACAUCCUGGUCCUGACAUGGAAUGCAUCCUCAUAGGAACCCCCGUCCCCGACUAGAAAGGACGUAGGGAUACACUGGAAUCCAAACCCUGAUGCCAGCUGCUACAGAGCCCACUGGUCCCAGGAGGCCGGUGCGGGCUCUGUGUGGAGAAGGAAGGAAGCAGGGAACUGUGAGGGUCCCCAGCCCAGCGUGUGACCUUCCCUGUACCUCACCCUGAACUCAGAAGGGAAGAAAGGAAAAACACACUUUGGCUGCCCCCAUCUCUACAGUAUUGCGACCCCUCCAUGUUUCCACUGUUUGCUCUUCUACAAACCCCGCUGUAGGCUGUCGGUUCACGCUGUAGCGGUGCCGCGUGUGGUUUGGGUAACACAGGUGCUCUCCCGUCUCAUCUGCUGUGCUCCCUGGUGAGCCGUGUCCUGCUCCAUGUGAGAUGACUCAGCAGGCAUUAAUUACUUUCGAAAAGGAUCAUGAUUUCCGAACUACUUUAUAAUCAAGACAAGUGUUUGUUAAAAUACUGUUUUGGGAUGUUGGCUGUAAUGUAACAGCAGUUUUCAUAAUAAAAGACAUUCAUCUCUA